UCCAGUCCAGUGUUCUAUCGAAAAUUCCCGAUUUACGAAAUUCACUGUACGCCGCGAUAUAACAGUAAUGAUUAAACGGAUGUAGUUAACUAUAAAUUGUCUUGUCGAAGGUCGGCGUCGCGUGAAAACGAUCUUGCGUCGUCUUCUUCAUCACGUUAACGUCCGACGUGGGCGAGAGUUCUCUUCUCUCUGUGCUCCAAGAUGAAAUAGAACUGACACCGUGAGAUCAAAGAACGAAUUUUUUAGAAGAAACAAAAAGCGAUUUAUCGACUUAACAAGCAUCUUCUGGCAAAAAAUCCUGCGAUUAAACAACAGCAUCAUUGUGCAGGUACACGAAUCUAACGUCAAGAUCAAGAUCGAGAUCGAACGACGCGCGCGCACAUCACGAAAUGCAGAUUAUCUGGUGAAGUGACAGUAAGUGAUAGUAGUCGCGCGAAUAUACAGAUCAUUUGCGCGGACGAUUCAUCGCGGAUAAAUACCGGUCUAAGGAACGAAAAAUUAGUUACGCACGAAUUAACGAACGGAGAACGAUUCGACUCGUCGAAUUCAACGAAUAGACAACUGUGGACAUCUAACCGCUUCGUACUCCAAUAUCGUUUUAUCCGCAAAACGUCGGUUACUAUCUCGUUCAGUCGAACGUCUACUUUUAUCGAUCUACCUAGAGUAUAAACGUUCACAUGACUUUGUGGACAGGGUCAUGGCUGUGAAAGAGUGGUUCAGGAGGCUUCAACCGGUGCAACUAUACCUGGUUCUGUUCUUCACCACAGCUUUCUUUUUGGUCGAGAUCGUCGCUAGUCACAUAACGCACUCACUGACCCUCCUUCUCAAUGCUUAUCACAUGCUCUGCAAUAUCGUGGCACUUGUUGGUUGCAUCGCUUCGAUUAAGUAUAGUUAUCGCGAAAGGUACAGCAAAAAUAGUAACUGCAGUUCAUUAGGAAAUUCGUCCAUUUGUAUUAACGGUGAGGAACAGGGUUCUGUUACAUCCUUAUCGACAAAAACGAAGGAAUCAUGGUCGGACAGAAGAAUGAAAAACACGUUUGGAUGGGCGAGAAUCGACAUUAUUACGAUGCUCGUCUGCUGCGUCUUCCUCGCUUCGUUUUGUUUUUCUUUACUAAUGGAAGCAUUGCAGACAUUGGUGCACAUCGAUCAUCUAGAUGAAAUGCAUCACCCAUUGCCAGUACUGUGUAUUGGUAUUUCCGGAAUAUUUCUAAAUGUUUUCUGUUACAUUUUGAUUGGGGGAUUCACUUUCAAUCAAGGCAUCUUCGUGCAUGUUACAAAGAGUGGUGACGUAAUAAUACGCAGAAAUGUGAGUUCACAAGAAACAAAGGAUGGUGAGCAACAACUAUCAGCACAGACUAGGCGAAGUCCGCUUGCGAUACCAAAAAGUGAAGGUUUAAGAGAAAUGUGUCGAGAUGUUCUUGGGUGUGUUUUCGUCAUAUUAGUAUCAAUUUUAGUUUAUUUCACCAAUUCCGAUGUAGCCAAAUUCAUUGAUCCGGUCUUCGCAAUUAUUUCAUCAAUUUCACUAUUUGUUCUCUGUUAUCCUUACAUGAAAGAAUCAGGCCUGAUAUUACUGCAAACAAUUCCAAAUCACAUCAAUAUCGAUUGCCUUAAAAGAGAACUAUUGGUAGCUUUUCCGGGCAUCGUAAACGUUCAUGAUUUACACGUGUGGCAAUUAGCAAAACAUCAAGCUAUUUGUACAGUCCAUAUUGUAUUUUUGAAUCCAAUGGUUUAUGCUAGCAUUACAGAACAAGUUACUGCCUUUUUCGUCGAAAUGGGUAUCACGCAGGUCACUGUACAGCCAGAGUUCCAUAAAAUAAAGCCGAAUACGGAGAAAAGUGAUUGCCUUAUUACAUGUCAUGGGGAACAUUGCAGUUCUUCCCAAUGUUGUUCUCGAGAAAACUUUUUGGAGGACGCAUGCAAGUCGGUGAAAGAUGCGCACUCCAUCAAUAGAAGAUACGAUAAAAAGGAAAAAACACCAGCUGCAUAUGGGAUUAGUUUGAAAAAGUUUACUAUCAAUGAGAAGGAAACUUUAGAACGGACUGUGAGCGAUUCAAAAGCGAAAGAAUCUGUACCUAAAUCAACAAACGAAACUGCGUGUCACUCGAAACAAAUACAAAGCGUUGUAAAUGUUAAUUCUGAAGUCAGUGCCUGUGCGAUAAAUCUAACUGAUCGAAUAUCUACAAAUGUCGAUCAAACAUCUGUAACUGUCGAUAGCAAUGUAGAUCACAGCGUCGUAUCUUAAGUCUCUAUCAUUUAGGCAGAUAAUUGUUUCAAUUUAAUUAUUUUAAUCUUGGCACUGUCUUACCUGAAAGAGAUUAUGUGAUGUUCACACAAUAAACGCCAUAAUCUUUAAAUUAUUUCCA